AUGUCAGCCAGCAAUGGCGGUCAAGAUGCACGGCUGAACUUUGAGAUGGCCAACAAAGUCGAAGCACUCGAAGCGGACAAGAUCUAUCGCUACGAUGCAGACGAGCAGAAGCGGAUCGGUGCGGCUAGACCUUGGAAGCAAGAUCCGCACUACUUCAGGGACGUACGCAUCUCGAGCGUCGCCCUCAUCAAGAUGGUGAUGCAUGCCCGUUCGGGAGGAGUGCACGAGAUCAUGGGCAUGAUGCAAGGCAAGAUAGACGGCAACACUUUUGUCGUCAUGGACGCUUUCGCUCUCCCCGUCGAGGGUACAGAGACUCGCAUCAACGCCUCGAAUGACGCAAACGAGUACAUUGUCGAGUACACCGAAAAGUCCAAGCUCGUCGGCAGACUGGAGAACAUCGUUGGCUGGUAUCACUCCCAUCCGGGCUAUGGGUGCUGGCUCUCCGGCAUCGACGUCAUGACACAGCAUACCAACCAGACAUUCACAGAUCCCUUUCUCGCCAUCGUGAUCGAUCCCAAUCGCACCAUCUCGGCCGGUAGGGUUGACAUUGGCGCGUUUCGCACCUAUCCAGAGGGUUAUACACCGCCUGAUUCGAGCUCGAUGUAUCAAUCGGUGCCACUGGAGAACGUAGAGGACUUUGGCGCUCAUGCUUCUCGGUACUAUCCGCUCAAUAUCAGCCAUUUCAAAUCCUCGCUAGACACCAAGCUGCUCGACCUGCUCUGGAACAAGUACUGGGCCAUGACGCUCAGUCAGAGUUCGCUGGUCUCCAAUCGGGCAUAUAUGACUUCUCAGCUAGCUGACCUCUCAAGGAAGCUGAGCGAUACCAGACGGUUCAUCUCGGGCAAAGCCGAAGUCGCAACACUCCUGCCCGAGCUCAUGCAGGGUAUUGCGGCCAACAACAAAGCGAGCGACAAAGGCAAAGAGGCGGAAUCCUCUCCCACGCCGACAGCAGGCAACAAGACGGCCUUGCAAAACGUCGUCCAGGACUCCCACAAGCUUGCUUGCGAGUGCUCACACGGCCAGAUGACCCAGGUCAUCAAGGAUCUCCUCUACAACGGCUCGAGAGGACUAUCUGAUCCUAAAGAUCUCGAGUCGCUACAUGUGCACAUGCUCGGACACUAG